UCCAAGGUGCAGAUUUCGAGGUUAGCCAUCAGAUGAGGGCCAGGUCCGAGAGGCGUGGAGAGGCGCUGGCCGACGAAGACGCGAGCGGUGGUGGCAGCUCCAGCGCUGCCGUCCGUAUUGCCGCCUCCCACGCCCAGGACCGCCACCUCCCGUCUCCCGGCAUCCGCGCAUUCGCGCGUGAGGAGGUGGGCGAGGAGGCCUUCACGUGUGCGGUUCUCUCGGCCGCAAUCUAUGCGGAUGCGCCUCUCGCACCGGCGCGCAGACCUGGCGAGGAGAGCCCUUCGGCCUCGACGCUGCUGGAUCGGCUCCGGCAGCACGAGUGCGGCCUCGACGACGCAAUCGUGCUCGAUCUCUCCCCCGACGGGCGCCUCGCCUUUGUGGCCCGGCUGUCCGGCGACCGCCCAGCGACUUGGACGGUAGCGCGCGGGACGGAGAGCGGCGAGGACGUGGCGGUGGACCUAACGUACCUGCUGCUGGGGCGGCCGCAGGCCAACCCCCACUUCAAGGCGCUGCUGCGCUUCCACGACGAGAACUGCCGGCGCACAGAGCGCCUCUCGGAAUUGGCUGGGUUUCGGCGCUACGCAACGGGCCACUCCAAGGGCGGCGCGGAGGCGGUGGAGCUCGGGCUCGCGCGCCGCGUGGAGGUGCACGCCUUCAACGACGGCGGCGUGCACAACUUUGGGGGCUUCCUGCGCAAGGCGCUCGAGCCGGUCGUCGGAAGCGGCUCGCUCUCGCGCCACCGCGUCCUUGGCUGCCCUUCGCACCGUGCCUGUCAGGGCUCGCCUCUUGCCUUCAGGCUCGCUCUCGCCCCACCCUCCAACACCCACAGCUCCCGUCUGCCCCGCACCAGGCUGCCCGUCGGGCGGACGCGGUACUACCUGCAGCGCGCCGACGGCCCGGGCGCGCACGCUGUGCGCAACUUUCUGCCGGCCGGCGAGGACCCGCCAUCGUCCGCCGGUGCGGAGGAGCGGCCACCGGCGCACUACCUCUUCUUCUUCGACCGAGCGGGUCGCGGCAAGCUUCGCGUCUCGUCCCACGGCACCGUGGCCAUCGGCACACUGCUCGGCACGGGGUCUCUACGCAGCGCCGCGUGGGCCUUUGCCCGCUCGAUCCUCCUCAGCAGCGCCGGGAGGCGCACCGCCGCCGCCGCAGCCGGGCUCGCGGCACGCGCACCACCCGCGCUGCCACGGCUGGCAGAGUGCGCCGCCGCGUCGGUCGCCACGCACGUGGGCGCGUGGGUCGGCGCCGCCGCAGGAGCGUCGCUGGCCUCGUCGGUGCUCGCGUCCCUCUGGCUCUCGAACGUGUUUGCCGUCGCCGGCGCGCACGUCGGCGCGCGCGCUGCGACGCGGAGGCGCUCUCGCGCGCGGCGCAUCGCGGCGGGCUACGCCGGCCUGGUUGCGGGCGCGCUGGUGUCGCAGAAACUGUUGGGCCGGUUUGGGCCAUGGCUGGUGCUACUAGUAUGCAAUGGGGGGCUACCUGGCUACCGCGAGAGCGACCCAGCUCGGGGGCGCAGCGGGUUCGGCAACCUGGUGUACGCCACGGUCCCUCUGGGCUCCGUGGCGACCAAGGUCGCCCGGGACUGGCUCGCCAACGAGCUCUACGAGGCGUCCCGGGCGACGCACGGCGUCGGCGGCGAUGGCGGGACCGGCAACUUCGACCUGUUCGAGGGCAGGAUAGCACUAGCAUAUGCGCCUAGUGCGCACUGGGCCCACACAGAUGUGACCCGCCCACUCGAAUGCGGCGCCCGGAUGCUAGUGCUUGAGAAGACACCACAAACGCGGCACGGCCCGUUUUGGCUGUCUGCGGAGAUUCUGUUUUAG